AUGGCCUUUAAUCAAGGAAACAACCAAGGAACGGGGUUUUCGUUCGGUUCUUCAGCACCAAAUAAUACAUCGAACCAAGGAACAGGUGCGUCCUCCAAUACAAACUUGUUUGGAAGCAGUUCAGGAAAUACUGGAGGUUUAUUUGGAUCUGCUUCGAAUGCCGCAAAACCAGGAGGAGGCUUUAGUUUUGGCUCCAACGCACCUGAUUCUGGCAACAAGCCCAGCUUUUCUUUUGGACAACCAAAACCAGCGGAGAAUGCUCCAUUAUUUGGAGGGUUGAACAAGCUUGCCACAGGAGCAACCGCCGGUUCUGCUCCCGCAAACGGUGUUGCAAAUACCGACACAAACCAGUCUGCUCAAUCUACCACUCAACCAUCAGGUGGCAGUCCUUUCUCUUUCGGUGCCAAGCCUGCUGCUCCCGCAACUGGUGCUGCGACCGGUGGAUUUUCGUUCGGAAGUGGUCCUAACUCUGGAGGCUUGUUUGGACAGAAACCAGCUACUAACGCUGCUGCCGCUCCGUCUACGGCACCAGCCCAAGACAAACCUGCUGCUGGAGGAUUUAGCUUUGGAAACCCUCAAUCAUCCUCUACUACUGCAGGAGGAGCCACUGAAAACAAACCUGCCGCUGGAGGAUUUAGCUUUGGAAAACCUCAAGCUUCCUCUACUACUGCAGGUGGAGCCACUGAAAACAAAACCAGUACUGCUACGUCAGGUGGGUUCUCUUUUGGCGGUGGUGGAAGCGGCCUUGCUGGCGCUGCCAAACCUGCUGAAAGCAAACCAACAUUUUCUUUUGGAGGAGGAGCUGGAAGUGGAAGUGCAUUAGGUGCCUCCACUACUACACCUGCUUCCAACGAGGCUAACAAACCAUCUACUGAUACCACGAAACCAAGCACGGCAGCCCCUGCUCAGCCCUCCGGUGGAUUCUCUUUUGGUAAGCAGGAUUCUGCCACUAAACCUGCAACGACAACAACAAACACCGGCUCAUUGUUUGGUUCCAAACCCGCGGAAACCAUUGCUAACAAAUCUGAUGCUACUAAAGAUGCUGCUUCAAAACCUACCGCAACCGUACCGGUGGAAUCUCCACCUUCAUCCAUUAAGCACAAAACUUUACAGGAGAUUCUUAAUAAAUGGUCGUCAGAUCUUACUACACAAACAUCUGUGUUCAACAAAUUGUGUGAUCAGGUCGGUGACUGGGAUAAGGCUUUGGUAGAUAACGGAGCGUUAAUUUCAAAGUUAUAUGCAGAGACAGUGGAUGCCGAACAGUUAUCAAAUCGAGUUGAUGAUGGACUUGAAUAUGUUUCCUCUAGCCAACAAGAGCUAUUUAAAUUGUUAGAUUCUUACGAAGCACAGCUUGAAUCCUUUGAUGGUCGCACUCCUACCGCACCUAACGUAGAGCGUGAGCGUGCUUUUAAUGUUGCUGAUGAUAUUUUGGGUCGUCUCGACAGACUCGGCGAAGAUCUGGGAACCGUAAUUAAUCAAAUGAAUGACUUCUCGAAGCCUGAUGAUUCUAUUUCCGAAAUUGUCAAGGUGUUAAAUGCUCAACUAUCAAGUUUGGGAUGGGUGGAAAAUAGGAUAUUCCAGAUGGAAGAAAAAAUAGAAAGCGUUAAAAAAAGGAGUAAUGAUGUUUUAUUUUGA